AAUGCAGGAUAAUAACUUCUGAUUAAUAAUGAAUUGGUUAUUUGUAUCGCCCAAGCAAGAAAUUGCAAACUAAAUUCUUAACGCAGCAAUGUGCCAUUGGCCAAACGUGUGUGGUCAUUUUGGAAUUACUCUGCCGUUCCAUUUCUGUCCACUAAGUGCGCUGCAGUCUCACCAAUCCCUAUUUUCUCCUUUGAGGCUCCACCAGCUGUGGUGCAGUUCAGUUGACCUGCCCCGUGCCUGCCUGGAAACGUCGAGGGAGAGGGCGCACUGGUGGAAGCCUACCUCUGUACUGGGAGCUCCCAACGGGAACUUAAUUCCAUUCGAGUAACGUUGGAUGCUAGUUCGUUUUUAUUAGGUACAACCUUGCGUUGAACUAGAAUCGCGGAAAGUCUGUGGCAAAGACUUUCAAACUUAGUAAGUUGUUUUUUUUUAGUAACGAGCCUUUGCGCCGACUCAAAGCAGCAGAACAGAUCGCAACGGCAGAGCCAAUAGUUCAGUGAAUUCAUUGGUUGGACCAGAAUUCCGCAGCGGCGGAAUUGAGUUCGUCUUCAUCCUCGAGUCCUGGGAAGAAGAACAAUGAAUGUCUGAAUUUUACUUAGCCGAGGGCAGUUUGCUCCCGUGCUUAUUGUAAAUUAAUUUCUAUAUAUUUUUUCUACUUAGUUUAAAGAGGCUUACCGUGUGUAUGUCGGAUGCUGCAGGCGUGAGACUGGACAUUAUUCCAUUUGUUGACAAAUAGUUUAGAAUAACUUUACUGCUCUCAGCAGAAACAAGCCUGAAAAUGUCCACGCCGAGGUACAAAAAGGACAAAGAAAUCAUUGCGGACUAUGAAAGUCAAGUAAAAGAGAUCCGGGCCCAGCUGGUGGAGCAGCAGAAAUGUCUGGACCAGCAGACAGACAUGAGGGUCCAGCUGCUGCAGGACCUCCAGGACUUCUUCCGGAAGAAGUCUGAGAUCGAGAUGGAAUAUUCUAGAAACCUGGAGAAACUGGCCGAGCGCUUCAUGGCCAAAACGCGAAGCACCAAAGACCACCAGCAAUACAAGAAAGACCAGAACCUGCUGUCCCCAGUGAACUGCUGGUACCUGCUGCUGAACCAAGUGAGGAGGGAGAGCAAGGAUCACGCCACGCUCAGCGACAUCUACCUCAACAACGUCAUCAUGAGGUUCAUGCAGGUCAGCGAGGACUCCACACGGCUUCUCAAAAAGACUAAAGAAAUCACCUUCCAACUACAGGAGGAUUUAAUGAAGGUCCUAAAUGAGCUUUACACAGUGAUGAAGACCUACCACAUGUACCACGCCGAGAGCAUCAGCUCGGAGGGCAAGCUGAAGGAGGCGGAGAAGCAGGAGGAGAAGCAGAUCGGUCGGGGCGACCCGGUGUUCAGCAUCCGCAUGGAGGACAAGCACCAGCGCCGCAGCUCCGUCAAGAAGAUCGAGAAGAUGAAGGAGAAGCGCCAGGCCAAGUACUCGGAGAACAAGCUCAAGUCCAUAAAAUCCAGGAACGAGUACCUUCUGACACUCGAAGCCUCCAACUCCUCCGUGUUCAAAUACUACAUCCACGACUUGUCGGAUCUAAUCGACGGCUGCGACCUAGGCUUCCACGCCAGCCUGAACCGCGCCCUCAGGACCUACCUGUCGGCCGAGUACAACCUGGAGACGUCCCGCCACGAAGGCCUGGACAUCAUCGAGAACGCCGUGGACAGCCUGGACCCCCGCAGCGACCGCCAGCGGUUCAUGGAGAUGUUCCCCUCCGCCUUCUGCCCCCCGCCCAAGUUCGAGUUCCAGCCUCACAUGGGAGACGAGGUGUGUCAGAUCUCUUCACAGCCGCCCAUCAACGGAGAGCUGAUACUCCGCUUCCAGCAGCUGCAGUCCCGCCUGGCCACCCUCAAGAUCGAGAACGAAGAGAUCAAGAAGACGUCGGAGGCCACUCUGACCACCAUCCAGGACAUGGUGACCAUCGAGGACUACGACGUGUCCGAGUGCUUCCACCACAGCCGCUCAACCGAGUCGGUCAAGUCGGCGGUGUCGGAGACCUACCUCAGCAAGCCCAGCAUGGCCAAGCGGCGGGCCAACCAGCAGGAGACGGAGCAGUUCUACUUCAUGAAAUUCCGGGAGUUUCUGGAGGGCAGUAAUCUCAUCUCCAAACUGCAGGCCAAACAUGACCUGCUAAAGAGAACGAUUGGAGAAGGUCACAGGGCUGACUACAUGACCACAAGGCCGCACAAACACCCGACAGGCACCCGGCGGCCCAGACCACACUCUGUGUUUAACGUUAGGUUGUUUAACGGCAACAUGGAGUCCUUCAUCAAGGAUUCUGGACAAGCUAUCCCGCGUGUGGUUGAGAGUUGUAUUCGUUUUAUAAAUUUGUACGGCCUUCAACAUCAAGGGAUAUUCAGAGUGUCUGGAUCCCAGCUCGAAGUCAAUGACAUCAAGAACUCUUUUGAAAGAGGCAACGACCCGCUGACUGAUGAGGAGAACAACCAUGACAUCAACUCUGUGGCCGGCGUUCUCAAACUGUACUUCAGGGGUCUGGAGAACCCCCUCUUCCCCAAGGAGAGGUUCAACGACCUGCUGUCCUGCAUCCGAAUAGAGAACCUGUACGAGCGCUCGCUGUACCUCCGUAAGAUCAUCCUGACCGUGCCCCGGUCGGUGCUCAUCGUCAUGCGCUACCUCUUUGCCUUCCUCAACCACCUGUCCCAGUACAGUGACGAGAACAUGAUGGACCCCUACAACCUGGCCAUCUGCUUCGGCCCCACACUGAUGCCCACGCCGGACAGCCUGGACCAGGUGUCCUGUCAGGCCCACGUCAACGAGAUCGUCAAGACCAUCAUCAUCCACCACGAGACCAUCUUCCCCGACGCCAAAGAGCUGGACGGGCCCGUCUACGAGAAGUGCAUGGCCGGGGGAGACUACUGUGAGAGCCCCUACAGUGAGCACGGAGCGCUGGAGGAGGUGGACAACGAGGGGGGCACUGAGACCCAGACCAGCGAUGACGAGGGCGAGCCCAUCGAAGCCAUCGCCAAGUUUGACUACGUGGGGCGCUCGGCCCGCGAGCUGUCCUUCAAGAAGGGAGCGUCCCUGCUGCUGUACCAGCGGGCCUCCGAGGACUGGUGGGAGGGCCGGCACAACGGCAUUGACGGCCUGGUGCCCCACCAGUACAUCGUGGUGCAGGACAUUGACGACAGCUUCUCCGACACCCUGAGUCAGAAGGCGGACAGCGAGACCAGCAGCGGCCACGGAGCGGAGGACAAGUGCUCCGCCAAGGGCCCGGGCUCCCCCACCGACAGCCGCAUCUCGGAGGCCUACAUCAGCAGCAGGCACAGGAAGCGAUCGGACCCCCCAUCCCGCCGGCCCCCCGCCCGCCCCAACGACAUCCACUGCAUGGUGCACCCGUCCCACGGGGGCCACGGCAACCACGGCGGCCACGGCGGGACCCCGGAGAUGGGCUCGCCCGUCCUGGGCCACUUCAACCCGCGGGACAUGCUGCGCGGCCGCAACCACCUGGCGGUGGACAGCCCCGAGCGCCGGCGCCGCGCCAACCACGGCAGCCUCACCAACAUCAACCGCCACGAGUCCCUGAAGAAGAUGGAGAGCCCGCCCAUCCGGCGCUCCACCUCCUCGGGCCAGUACACCAGCUUCGGGGACCCCCACCGCGGCGGCGGCGGCGGCAGCAAGCCCCUGGACCCGGAGACCAUCGCACAGGACAUUGAGGAGACUAUGAACACGGCUCUGAACGAGCUGCGGGAGCUGGAGAGGCAGAGCUCGGCCAAGCACGCCCCCGACGUGGUGCUGGACACCCUGGAGAUGCAGCGGCAGAGUCCCGGCGGCGGCGGCGGCGGCAGCACCCCCGGCAGCUCCAGCGAGUCGCUCAGCCCCAUCCACAACGUCAUGCUGCGCUCGGCCGCCAACGCCGACGCCAACAUGCGCCGUAGCGCCAGCUCCACCUCCGCCGGCGACGCCGUCAGCAGCUUCAAGCCGGUGGUGGCCCCCCGCAUGGGCGUGCAGCUCAAGCCCCCCGCCCUGCGGCCCAAGCCCAUGGUCCUGCCCAAGGCCCGGGACCAGGCCGCCGGGCCCCACCCCCAAGAUCUGCCUUCCCCCCAGGACCCCCUGGAUAAGUCCUGCACCAUGUGAACCAUUUAUGAGCGGCCCCCACCAAAAUGACAGGACUGUGAUCUUUAGAGAACAAGAGACAACAACAAGGGAAUAAGUAGUAGUCGGGGCUAGGUCAGAGAAGGUGUGUCGUAUGUUGCCAGGACUGUUUUAAAAACACCAAUUUAUGGGGCGCAGUCAGAGCUGCAAAGAUAACUGAAUCUUCACCAGAUUGUUCUGAGUCUAAGGUCUCGUAGCAAGAGUAGAAACCACAGCAAAGAUAGGGGGGACACAAACAAAAUACAUAUUGGUUGUACAGUUAACUACUCUGAUAUGAUGCCUAACCUUGAUAUUAUGUAAUCUUUAUUGGCAUUUAUUCCAAACGACAACAACAAAUCACAAACGCUUCCCUCAAGGUUAUACACAUAUUUUAGACUGGUUGUUUCAAACAAUCAGAGAACACUGAUGUAGCCCAGCUUUCCACACACAAGAAGCCAUCGAGAAGAUGUUAUGAGACCAUUCAUUUUUCUUUUGAUUUAGUUCAUAGUUAAAACCAUAAGUAAAUAAAGGCUUUCUAAGGGUUGUACUGACUUUUGGCUUUAACUUUUGAUUUGUACAUUGAUUUAGUUGCCAUUACAAAGGUGCUUAUAUGACUGGGAUAAACAUGGUUUGAUUGAAACGUUUUGAGUUCUGAUCUGACCAAAAAAAAGAACAAUAUAAGUACCAGUAUGCGUUUGCAACUGGUGUGAAUGAAGAUGUCUUGCAGAGAGCUGUGAAUCUGCUGUAAAUAUACUUCCAUCUCAGAACUGUCCAAAAAAAACCAACCUGUGUUGAUUUCUCACAUGUUUCAAUAUAGCAUGGAGGACUGUUGGACACAACCACUAGCGAGAAGGAUAAACAACGCAAACCCUCUGGAAAGAAUCUUUUCUUUUGAUUAUUCCUGUACAAAUGUCAACUUUGGAUGCUAUAUAGAGUGCAUUGUGUGCAAAGUGGUCUGUACAUAUAACUCACGAUGACUAAUCUCUUCCAUGUUUGCAAUGCAGUACAUGUAACAAAGUAGGGGUGCUGGUCAUUUGUGUAUCGCUUAGCUUUAUCUACCCAAAGUGUACCAUGCGCAAGUCGGUGUGUAGGUCGACUGAACAGCUCCCUGUGUACGACUGCCCCUUUCUGUAGAGACUCAAGGCAGCGCUCUGUUGAAGCAUUGCCAGUAGCCAUGGACCUAAUGACUGUUAGUGUGAUAGGCCUCAUGUUCUCUCUGUGUGUGUGUGUGUGUGUGUGUGUGUGUGUGUGUGUGUGUGUGUGUGUGUGUGUGUGUGUGUGUGUGUGUGUGUCAAUAGAGCCAUUACCACAGUAUGUACCAGUGCUCAACAUGUGUGACUGUGUCACCCUUGGGUGUCAUCUUCGAUGUACCUCCCGUAGCGUCAAAAUAAAACUGGUUUUGCUUGUGGCCAUAUAGCCUAUUAAUGCUUACAAAGGAUUAGUUUUUAUAUUUGUAGUAUUCUCCUAACAGGUUUACAGUGUCUUUUGACUUGAGAAUUGCUGUAUUUCGGACACAAUAUGAUUUUUAAUUUUGGAUUACUAACCGUUUCAUUAUCUUGUUUUUUGUUAUUUUAUCUUGUUAAAAACAUAUUGAACUUGUAAAAGAGAAACUUAGACUAAAAGAAACAUGGAGGAGUCGUUGCGCCAUCUCCGAAGCCAGUCGCAAAGCUGCAUUGCGCUGUAUUAACAUUAUAUUAACAUCCUCGUAACAGUCAGCCAUGCCCAGUAUGUGUGCUGUUCGUUACUCUGUGGUGUCUUAUGCACAUCCGUACUAUGUACUUGUGAAAGUGCCUUUGAAAACAAUUUUUGGAGGAACUUUACGUCACGUCUCAUACUGUUGCAUUGCAUCUCAUUUCAGACCGUGUGUUUGAAGCAAGCCAGUGCAAGGGGGUGAGUGGAUGAAAAAGGUCACGAUGCCAUUUAGUAGAGAAUGUUAUAUCAAUGAGAAAAUCUGAUCAGCUUACCCAUUGUGAUGUUGCACCUUUCUGUAUAGAAAUGUAAAUAUAUAUGGCAUGUAACAUCCUACCUUUAGAUUUGUUUGCGGGCUUGUCAAAGGAUUUCUUUCUAAUAAAGGAAAUAGUUUGUCGAGAUUUGUGUUGUCUUUGUUU